AGUGGGAACACAGGAAUUGUGAAAAUCACGAAAAGAGUCGCCCAGCCAAACAUUAUCAGAUACAGACACUUUCCCCUCCACUACCCACCGCCAUCCAUCUCUCUCUUUCUCGAGAAAUCUCUCCUCCGCCCAACAUCAUCAUCUCUCCUCUUCUUUCGUUCUUUCUCUCUCUCUCUCUCUCCUCAGUCGGACACACUUACGCCACCUUGAUUUGAAGCUCAACCAACGCCCCUAAAAGGAUACUAAAUCUUCUCAUAUAAUUUGCUUUCUCCAAUUUUUCAUCUCAUUCAUGGCAGUUUUAGCAUAUCUGGUGCUUUUUUUGGCUCUCACUGGUCAUUCAAGUGCUACUUAUUGCUUGUGCAAAGAUGGGAUGAAUCAACAAGACCUUCAAAAGGCGUUGGAUUAUGCUUGUGGAGCUGGAGCUGACUGUACUCCGAUCCUUCAAAGCGGUGCCUGUUACCAACCUAACACCGUAAAGAAUCACUGCGACUGGGCUGUGAACAGCUAUUUCCAAAAGAAGGGUCAAGCUCAAGGGAGCUGUGAUUUCUCAGCCACUGCCACCACUUCUAUGACUGCCCCAACUGCGUCUUCUACCUGUGUUUUUCCUUCAAGUUCCAGCCAAGUAGGAACAAACAGUACAACGACGCCAUCAACAACUCCGACAACCACAACUCCAAGCACAAGCACGACGCCCACAACCACAACUCCCUCGACCACCACACCUACAACUCCCUCGACUACCACACCCACAACUCCCUCGACCACAGGCUUCACCCCUCCCACGGUCUACGGCGCAGGAAUCAGCCCCACAGGGAGUGGCGCCACGAGCUACAAUGACAGUGAAGCCGUGCCUCUCAACAGAGGCAUUGCCCUUUUCUUCUUCUCCCUUGCACUGACGUUCUGCUCAGUAUUGCUGGGUGGCUGGAGGUGAAAAAGAGAAGUCACGGGAGGGCAUGAUCUGUGGAUUAGAUUUGUCCACAGCAGCAGGCGAGAUGAGAUUGAUGAUGAAGUGGGUCCUCCUCCUCUCCUAUGUCAAAAAAGCUGGGGAAUUUGAUUCCUUUUUCUGCCGUUGAGGGUAGAAGUGUAGAACCUGAUCUCUUAUUUUCAAAUUUGUCCUUUUUGUAUCUAGAAAGUAGUAGUAUUUUAAAAAAAAAAAUUAUUGGAACUUUAUUUUA